GUUCACACCCCAGACGAAAACCCAGACGCUGUCCCUCUCUCCAGACGUGGUUGCUCAACCCACCUCUCCAGCCGCGGUCUCCACCGCUCAGCACCGCCGCCGCUGCCACACCCCAGACGAAAACCCCUCUCUCCUCUGACUGUGGUCUCAGAUCCUCGUACUCCUGUCAAUCAAACCCCCGACGAAAACCCCUCUCCUCCGACUUUGCUUCUCCAGCCGUGGUCGAGCCGCUGUGUCUCUCUCUCGCUCGCUCCUGCUAGGUACUCAUUCUUUCUCUCUCUCUCCCCGCUACAAUCUUGGUUUUCAGUGCUCCAAAUGAACAAAUUGAUUUGGGUUUUUAGUGCUCCAAACGAAAAAAUCAAUUUGGAUUUUUUGGGUUUUCUAAUUUGGUGGCUGGGUUUUCAGUUCUAGUUUCUGAUUAGAAGGUGGGAGUAUGGUUGAAGUUUUGACAGUGGCUGUACAGAAAUGUACGAUAUACGAUAGUUUUUUUUUUUCUGAUUUGGAUGUGUGAAAUUGAUUUUGUGAUAUUGAUUUCUUUUUAAAGGAGUUUUGGGAUUUGAUUAGGCAUUUGAUUAGGUUGUAUUUUUGACUAAUCAAAAUAGAAUUUUGGUGUUUUGACUGACGUUGGCCAAGACGGUUACCGCAUGUGCCGAGCAGGAGCGAACCGGAGGACCACGCCUAGACCCACUGAUCGUUAACCAUACCCCCCACAAUAUAUACUCAGUUGGGAGUUGGCCAUUGGAAUUCAUGCAUUAUCUGACCUAUUAUUUGAGCCUAAACAAAAAUGGUACAACAUCGAAAACUUAUAACAUGAGGCUUAGAUUAGUAUUGGCCGUUCAAGUUGUAGUCCAUGACUAUGAGCCUUAACCUGAAAUUUAUGCUUUAUAAAGCACACUAAAAGCUUCUCACAUUAUAGGAUAAUCUGGCCUGGAAACAAUCAUCAGUGUUUAGACUUUGGAGUAUGGAGGCAUGUUCACAUUAUAGGAGCCUUUUGUAUAUAUGGAUUUCGCGAGAUGUCUAGACUGACCCAUAAAAGCUAGCCAUAAGGUUGGGCUAAGGCAACCAAAAGUUGGGGCCGGUACUAAAUGGGGGCUUACUUGCAGGAGAAACAACAAUAGUACUAUUGAUGUGGGUUCCUUCAUUCCUUGUAGUAUGAAUUUGGACUAUAGAGAGCUGCUUGUACGAUUUGGUUCGUUCAAAAGUGUUUUUAGUAGCAAAGAUUUACUAAAAAAUUGUAAUUGGUAAGAGUUAAUUUGUUCUCGUCGGGUGAGAAUCUUUUAUAAAUUUGGAUUACUAAUUAUCGAGAUCGACGACUGAAAUGCGAAUGUUUAUUGCAAUAUAUCUACUGUUGUUGGCGUUUUUUUCAAUGAAAAAAAUUAGCUCACGUAAGGGUUGGCCAUGUCUUGUACGGUACUUGCAACCAUUUUCUUAUAAAAAAAAUGGUUUAGGUAAAUCAGGUUUUAUUUUAUUUGGUUUGGAUGUGAUAAUUCAGGCGUACGCAAUCCAUGUCCCCAUUCGUUUGUUAGGAGAUGCACAUCAAGUGGUUCAAAAUUAGUGAUGCCAUGCAGAUUGCUUGAUAGACAACAAAGAAGAAAAAUAGUUUUUUGAUCAUUAAGAAGAAAAAUAGUUAAAAACUGAUUAUCCUGUCGCUAGCUGCUUUUCUAAUGAUUUUGAUGGUACACGUUUUAAAAAAUUUAGGAUGAGUAUAUUAGAAGGUAAUGAAAGUUCAAUACGCAUUCCUGAUGUGCACACUAGUCUAACGCACACGUCUUUUAAUUAAAGAAAAUACUUAUUCCCUCCGUUCCAAAAUAUUUGUCCGGUCCACAAAACGGAAUGUUAAAAAUAAUACAAUUUUUGCAAAAAAAAUUAAAAGUUUUUUAACAACUUACUAGAUAUCAAUGAGUAUUUUUAAUUUGUGAAAAAUGCUUGAAUUUUUUCUUGAAAAAAUUGCAUUAUUUUUAACACUCCAUUUUGCGGACCGGACAAGCAUUUUGGGACGGAGGGAGUAUAAACUCUCAGUAGUCUCACCUUAUAUAAUCUAUAUUAUAAAACAGAGCAGACUUUUGUCUACUCAUACAAACAUGAGCACCCCUCCAGCCGUUGGAUCGCAAAUUCAAUAGGUUAUCUAGGAUCGUUGGAUUGAAAAACCGAUUACGAUCAUUGUAUUUUUCUCCAUUGUGCUUCCUCUCUCCACCGUGUUUCCUGUCUUCCUCCAAAGUUACUCUCCCGCUCUCUCCUUCCCUCCCUCUCCCUUUCCUCUCUCUCUCUCCCACUCCUCUGCUCCUGUUGCCACACCACCACCCAACCCAGCGACCACUCUCCAGCCGUUGUCAACGCCAUUUCCGAAAACCCCAGCGACCACAAGGACGUUGCCCACGAUUGAAACAGGAGCAUUAUUACGACUUACGAGGAAGGUCACGAGUCGCAACCACAAAAACCAUGUGGGCCUCGUCCCCGAUGGUGUCCGCACCCUCACCACGACCGCCAUGUCUUCCCAAAAUCGCCAUCCCCUCCACAACCACCACCAAUUCGGCGGUUCAGAGAUGCUUUUUCACCUUGGCCGUCUCAAACAAGUCUCAACGCCCACCACCGCCGCCGCAGGAUAAAAAUAACCCCUUCGCCAAAAAAAACUUUGGGGGUUCAGGCCUCAGCGUCCUUGCCACUGUCAAAUCCAACCCACAAACCAAACCCUUCAACAACCCACCUGCCCAGAAUAACACCGCCCCAAUCAAAACCAACCCAAAACAACAGCAGCAGGAGGAGGGAAAACCAAUUGGGAAAGAAGAGAGAGAGCUGAGUGGUUCGGAUGUGUUAUUGGCGUUACGAAGAGCCAGCGCUCAGAAAAUCAAGACCAAGAAGCGCAGAGAAUAUCCUCCUCCUUCUUCUUUGUCGUCGUCGUCGACCAAAAAGCGAGUAGCUGCUGCUGAGGUCAAUUAUGGGGAUGUUCGACCCAUUUGCGUAAAAAGCGAGUGGAUUACUCGUGUGGACGAAUUGGAAAAGCGUCUUCAGGAGCUCAUGGAUGAAGUUCAAUGAGUCUUGCCUUUUCCUUGUCUUGUACUUUUACCUUCUGUAGUGGUUUACCUAUAUAAUCUCUCUGGAAAUUUUGUUCGAUUCAUUCCCAAUUGUAAAUUGCAGACUUGUCUAUUCGUUUCGAUCCCCGUCCAUUGUUUAGAACUUUGAUGUGGGGUUUGUGGAGUCAUUUACGGUACGAAAAGUGAAGGCAAAGAAUUUUCCUUGACAUAUUCAAGAUGCCGAAAACUUUUGGUACCCAGUUGCAGUUGCCCAGUUGGAUAUGUUCUCCAUGAAGUUAAUGGGUAUGAGAAUUAAUUUCUCUCUU